AUGCGAUCCGCCAUCUACGCUCUACACCUUGGUGUGUGCCUGCUGGCAGGGCAGACCUGCGCGUUCGUAUGUCCGCCCUCCGGACGAGCAAUUGCUUCCGUUGGUCCCAAAGGAGCCUCGAGAGCACCAGCAGGGGUAGUGAUGCAAGCGACGUCGAACGUCGAGUCGUCAGUGGCGAGGUACAAGAAGUUGGUGGGCGCCAAGCGAUGGGAGACGGACGAGGGGAUUGAGAAGAGGGCCGCGGGCACCUUUGCGGAGAUGUGCAAGGUCUAUGGCGAGGACAACGCCGUGCAGAUGGUGAAGAACUCGCCCUCGUGCCUCGGCUACGACGGGUCAGUUUUCCGGGCCACCUUUGAGGCCUUCUCGGAGGUGUUCGGGGAGGAAGAGACGAAAGGGUGUGUGCCGUAG